CAGCCACUUCCUGAGUUGUUAGCCCUCCUGCUAAAACCUCAGCCUCUCUCUUUCUCUCUCUAAAACCCUUCCCCUCCCCUCCCUCUCUCUCCACAUUUCUACUAACAUAUACUUGCACGCGCUCACCACCACCAACAAUAUACCCACGUGUGUAUCUGCUUGCUGAUAUAGAGCUACGAUUUGUUCAAGCUUUUUUCGUCACUUAAUUGCUAGUGAACCCUGUUAAAGUUUUUGACCUAGGAGGUGAGAAUGGCUGGGAAAUCUAAUAAAGGGAGGAACCGGAGAGGAUCCAAUAGCACAACAAAUUCUUCAGAGCCAACAGCGUCAUCUGAUGCUCCUGUGAAAGAUGACAUAACCGCUUCUGAAGCUGCUUCAGAAGUUGGUGUAGCUAUUGUUAAUGGAGCACCAGCUGGGGGUGAACCUGCUAAUGGCACCUCAGAGAUAAAGGAGUCUGAAACAGCAAAUUCUACGAGUGAAGCAAAGCAAGGUGAUCUUCAUCUUUACCCCGUCUCUGUCAAAACACAAAGUAGCGAGAAGCUUGAGUUACAAUUGAACCCAGGAGAUUCCGUCAUGGAUGUAAGACAAUUCCUUCUCGAUGCUCCCGAAACAUGUUUCUUUACAUGCUAUGACUUGUUGCUGCACACAAAGGAUGGUUCAACUCUUCAAAUAGAAGAUUAUAAUGAAAUAUCUGAAGUAGCUGACAUUACUUCUGGUGGUUGCUCCUUGGAGAUGGUUGCUGCACCUUAUGAUGAUAGAUCGAUCAGGGCUCAUGUUCACCGCACAAGAGAAUUGCUUUCACUUUCUACACUUCAUGCUUCAUUAUCAACGUCCCUUGCUUUAGAGUACGAAAAAGCACAAAACAAAGCUCUUGGUUCAGAUACUGGAAAAACUGAGGUCCCUGAGCUUGAUGGUAUGGGAUUUAUGGAGGAUGUUGCAGGUUCGGUUGGUAAAUUGUUGUCAUUCCCAGCAAAGGAGAUCAUGUGUGUGGACAGUAUUAUAUUUUCAUCCUUCAAUCCUCCCCCAAGCCAUAGAAGGCUCGUUGGGGAUUUGAUUUAUUUGGAUGUAAUAACAUUGGAGGGUAACAAAUAUUGUAUUACUGGAACCACAAAGAUGUUCUAUGUCAAUUCAAGCACAGGGAAUGUCCUUGACCCAAGGCCAAGUAAAGCUACCUCUGAAGCAACUACCCUUGUUGGACUCCUGCAGAGAAUCAGUCCCAAGUUCAAAAAAGCUCUUCGUGAAAUUUUGGAGCAUAAGGGCUCUGCACACCCUUUUGAAAAUGUUCAAUCUCUCCUGCCACCUUGUUCAUGGCUAGGAUUAUACCCAGUUCCUGACCACAGACGUGAUGCGGCCAGAGCAGAGGAUGCACUGACUCUUUCAUAUGGUAGUGAGCUGAUUGGCAUGCAAAGAGAUUGGAAUGAGGAGUUGCAAUCCUGUCGGGAGUUUCCCCAUUCAGCUCCUCAGGAAAGGAUUUUGCGUGAUAGGGCUCUCUACAAAGUAACUUCGGACUUUGUUGAUGCAGCAGUUAAAGGUGCUAUUGGAGUCAUCAACAGAUGUAUUCCCCCCAUAAAUCCAACUGAUCCAGAGUGCUUUCAUAUGUAUGUUCACAACAAUAUAUUCUUCAGUUUUGCUGUGGACGUGGACCUUGAACAGCUCUCCAAGAAAUGUAAUUCAGAUACUAGUUCAAAGACAGAGAACACCAGUUCUUCAAUUAAUUCAUCUGAAAAGGUCACCAGCGAUUUGCAUGGGGAUGGUGGAAUUGCCAAUGGGGUGAAAUCUGAUGGAUCAACCGUUGAAGUGGUGGAAUUGCAUCCCGAGUCAUCUUCUGAGCCGCAGUUGGCCGAGAGUGAACAAGCUACAUAUGCGUCGGCAAAUAAUGAUCUGAAAGGCACCAAAGCCUACCAGGAAGCUGAUGUCCCUGGUUUAUAUAAUCUUGCCAUGGCCAUAAUUGAUUACAGGGGUCACAGAGUGGUAGCCCAGAGUGUCUUACCUGGCAUUCUUCAAGGGGAUAAAUCAGACUCUCUUCUAUAUGGUUCUGUUGAUAAUGGAAAGAAAAUAUGCUGGAAUGAAGAUUUUCAUUCUAAGGUAGUGGAAGCUGCUAAACGCCUUCAUCUCAAGGAACACACUGUCCUAGAUGGAUCCGGGGAUGCUUUCAAAUUAGCUGCUCCAGUAGAAUGCAAGGGCAUUGUAGGUAGUGAUGACAGGCAUUAUCUACUAGACUUGAUGAGAGCAACUCCUCGUGAUGCAAACUAUACUGGACCUGGCUCGCGGUUUUGCAUAUUGAGACCAGAAUUAAUUUCUGCCUUCUGUCAGGCUGAAGCUGUGGCAAGAUUGAAGAGUAGACCAAAAUCCGAGGGAGGGGCUCACGUGGCUGCAGAUUCUACAGAAGUUACUACUGGUGAUGAGCAAGUUAAACCUGAGGAAGCUGCAGCUUCCAUCAACAAUCAAGAGAUUGCUAAAGAAGGGAAAGCUGACACUGUAGAAGAAAGUGCUCCUGCUCUUGCUGGAAGCUCUGAAUCUUGUGAAGAAAUACUUUUUAACCCUAAUGUUUUUACCGAGUUCAAGUUGUCUGGUGAUCCGGAGGAGAUUGCAGCAGAUGAAGAAAAUGUGAAGAAAGUGGGUUCAUAUCUUGCAAAUACUGUGCUUCCAAAGUUCAUCCAAGAUCUUUGCACACUUGAAGUCUCGCCCAUGGAUGGACAGACUCUUACCGAAGCACUACAUGCUCAUGGAAUUAAUGUUCGCUACAUGGGAAAGGUAGCUGAAGGGAUAAAACACUUACCUCAUCUAUGGGAUCUUUGUUCCAAUGAGAUUGUUGUCCGGUCUGCAAAGCACAUCCUCAAGGAUCUUCUCAGGGAUACAGAUGAUAAUGAUCUAGGGCCAGCAAUUUCUCAUUUUUUCAACUGUUUCUUUGGAACUUGUCAAGCUGUUGGCAUAAAAGUUUCAGCUAAUGGUCCGCAUUCAAGAGCAGCAAAGAAAGAACAAUCUGGCAAUCAGUCUUCAGGAAAAUCCUCUAGGGGACAAACAAGGUGGAAAGGAGCAUCUGCAAGAAAGAACCAAUCCUCAUAUAUGAAUGUUAGCUCAGAAACUCUAUGGUCUGACAUUCAGGAACUUGCAGAGCUCAAAUAUCAGUUUGAGUUACCAGAGGAUGCGAGGUCACAAGUGAAGAAAGUCUCGGUUAUUCGGAAUCUGUGCCAAAAGAUGGGCAUUACCAUCGCAGCUCGCAAAUAUGAUCUCAAUGCUGCAAUGCCAUUCCAACUGUCAGAUAUCUUGAAUCUCCAACCCGUGGUAAAGCAUUCGGUUCCUCUAUGUUCAGAAGCUAAGGAUAUUGUGGAAACCGGAAAGGUUCAACUAGCUGAGGGGAUGCUUAGUGAAGCCUACACGUCAUUUUCCGAUGCAUUUUCCAUUCUUCAACAGGUGACUGGUCCAAUGCAUCGGGAGGUUGCCAACUGUUGUCGGUACCUGGCCAUGGUUUUGUAUCAUGCUGGUGAUAUGGCUGGAGCAAUCAUCCAACAGCACAAGGAGUUGAUCAUAAAUGAACGUUGCCUGGGAUUAGACCACCCCGACACUGCCCACAGUUAUGGAAACAUGGCUCUCUUUUACCAUGGACUAAACCAAACAGAACUUGCAUUGCGACAUAUGUCCCGUGCGCUGCUCUUACUGAGUUUGUCUUCUGGGCCAGACCACCCUGAUGUGGCUGCAACCUUCAUUAAUGUUGCAAUGAUGUACCAGGACAUUGGAAAGAUGAAUACAGCUCUUCGCUAUCUGCAAGAGGCCUUGAAAAAGAACGAGAGGCUUUUAGGAGAGGAACAUAUUCAAACUGCUGUAUGCUACCAUGCUCUUGCAAUUGCAUUUAACUGUAUGGGCGCGUUCAAGCUAUCACACCAGCAUGAGAAGAAAACCUAUGACAUACUUGUCAAACAGCUUGGUGAGGAGGACUCAAGGACUCGAGACUCCCAAAACUGGAUGAAGACAUUUAAGAUGCGAGAACUGCAGAAGCAGAAAGGUCAGGCAUUGAAUGCAGCUUCUGCUCAAAAGGCGAUCGAUAUAUUGAAGGCUAAUCCUGACCUGUUGCAUGCAUUCCAAGCUGCUGCGGUUGCUGGAGGAUCUGGAUCUGGGAGUACCAGUGGUUCCAUGAACAAAUCCCUUAAUGCAGCUAUUGUUGGUGAGACACUUCCACGGGGAAGGGGAGUAGAUGAACGAGCUGCUCGUGCAGCAGCAGAAGUUAGGAAGAAAGCAGCUGCUAGGGGGCUCUUGACUCGUCCACAUGGUGUUCCUGUUCAAGCUUUGCCACCUCUCACUCAGCUCCUCAACAUCAUUAAUUCAGGGGCAACUCCAGAUACAGUCAACAACGAGGAAGCAGCAGGUGGAGUGGAGGAAACUAAUGGACAAUCUUCUAAUGACCCAGUAGAUACUCAAAAAGACCAAACAUCAGGAGGGCAAGAUCAGGCUCCUGUUGGAUUGGGCAAAGGCUUAGCAUCAUUAGAUGCCAAGAAACAGAAAGCCAAAGCCAAAGUUGCAGCUUAAAGUUUAGAGGCAGAGAUUGGAUUGAUUGGUAGCAAGGCUUAAACUUCUUGCCAUCUGUGGGAGAGGCAACAUUUCUUAAUGAAUUUCAGUGGUGACCAGCCAUCUACUACUCUUAAGAAACAGGAGGUACUGAGGCGUGCCAAAGAAACCAUCUGUAUUCCUCUAUUUGCCCAGUAAGCAAGCUCUUAGAUAUAAUCGAGGUAGCGCGCAUGGGUAUCGUGAGGUGUGUGACAUGUUCUCAUGUAGGCACACCAAAUAAAUUGGUGAUUAAUUUUCCAGCCAGUUAGUUCUGUAACUUCAACUCAAAAUUAGUUUUGUAGUUGAUUUUGUAGGCAUUUUUGUUUUGAUUCAGUUCUUGAAUUCUUUUUUUUUUUUUGAUAUUUUAAAUUUAUGUUGUUUUCAAUGGUGGCUUGCUAUUGGCUCCUUUGUUUUGUAAGGGACAAGGGAUUGUUACUGAUUUCACAUGUCAGUGAAAAUAUUUUUUCUUUUGCUUUA